AUGAAUGCAGCCAAACACAGGAAUUCAGAUCAGGUGCAGGGGACCUACUGGGGCAAUGGUUCCCCUCUCAGCGCAACAAUCUUCUUCCAGCUCCUCCUGCUCUCCGGUGUUCUCUCCGCUGUCCCGGUCGAACCCCUCCACACCUUCCAGUACCGGAGCCCUGUGACCGGGGAGGACCUGACGUGCACCAUGUGUCCACCUGGCACCCACAUGACCGCGCGCUGCACCGCCUCCACACCCACCCAGUGCGCGCCGUGCAGGAAGGAGCACUUCACCAAGCUGUGGAACCAUCUGUCCCGGUGUCUGUACUGCGACAACUUCUGCACCGACAACCUGGAGGUGGAGACCGAGUGCUCGCCGGUCAGCAACCGGGUGUGUCGGUGCAAGGAGGGCUUCUACUGGGCCARURACUUCUGUGUGCAACACUCGGAGUGCGAGCCCGGGACUGGUGUUCAAACCAAAGGUACGUCCCAGCAGAACACUGUUUGUGAACCGUGUUCCGAUGGCUACUUCUCCAACUCAUCUUCUGCUCUGGAAACAUGCGUAAGACAUCAGAAAUGUGCAYGUGGACAGAUUKUGCUGCUCCCCGGCUCAGUUUACCACGACUCGAUGUGCGGCACCUGCGAGGAGCUUGCAAAUGGAGGUGAGACACUCAGGACUUUCCUCUCGGGCUUCUUCUCAAUGCACAGGAUGCGUGUGGAAAAGAUGAAGAGAUUCRWCMCCAGGUACAUCGUCAAGUCGGUCCCCAGGCAGAGAGGCCCUCUUCUGCUUCUGAUCAGAGGGUGGCUGGCCCAGGCACCAGAAGAGCAGCUGAGAAAACUACCACAGAUGCUGAAGGCCUCAAACCUCAACUCCAUGGCAGAAAAACUGGRGAAGAGACUCAUGGAGAUCAAGCAGCAGAGCCCRAGGUGUAGCUUAAAUGKUUCUGGAAGUCUAUUACACUGACAGCCCAUGGUUUAUGUAGGAGUAUAACAUAUUGGCCUGCAGGCCUUGAGAGUAAUUAAAAGCCAAAUACCUCAGUGUGAUACAGCAGAACUUUUAGCCUCUUUGAAAAGCACUUGAAAAGUAUUUACCACGUUGUUUAUUUGCCUGUGAGAGUGUAUGCAUUGCCACGGUAGUGAUGUUUCGUAGAAAUCAGUGAGGAACAUGAGAGAUGCAUAAAAAGCAUUAUGAUGGACUGUUUCCAUUGAUUGGAUAUGGAGGUGCUUACAUCUACAGAUGAUUUUGAAUAUUGCAUCAAGGCUGCAAACAUUGAAAUGUUAAAAAUAAAAUACUUGUAAACCAACAUUCUGUUUUGCCGUAU